GUGAGUGCUACGUGAUGUGGCGCGGCGCGCUUCCUGUCUGCGUAGAGCCGAGAGAGAGCUCCCCAUCUACCCCCGGAGUUCACUGCAACGUCUGUCCCCUCCGCCGGACGGUCAAAAACCCACAGAUUUCCCCAUCAUGGCUGUGAACCUGAGCAAAAACGGCCCAGCUCUUACCGCGGCCUAUAAGGAGGUGGUUGAUGAGAAGUCGGAGACUAACUGGGCUCUCUUCACCUAUGAGGGAAACACCAAUGACAUCCGGUUGGCAGAGAAAGGAGAUGGUGGUCUGGAGGAGUUGGUCGAGGAGCUGAACAGCGGGAAGGUGAUGUACGCUUUCUGCCGCGUUAAAGACCCCAACUCUGGCCUUCCCAAAUAUGUCCUUAUCAACUGGACCGGUGAGGGCGUUAAAGAUGCCAGAAAAGGCCAGUGUGCGAACCAUGUGAGCUCCAUAGCUAAUUUUCUAAAGGGAGCUCAUGUGACGAUAAACGCCCGGGCGGAGGAGGACGUGGAGCCUGAAUCCAUCAUGCAGAAAGUGGCCAAAGCCUCAGGAGCCAACUACAGCUUUCACAAAGAGUCCAGUCGCUUCAAAGACAGCGGGCCGCAGGGGCCUGUGGGAUCUGUUUACCAGAAGACUAAUGCCAUGUCUGAAAUCAAGAAAACCAACAAAGACAAUUUCUGGGCCCAAGCAGAGAAAGAUGAAGAGAAGCGGAUUCAGGAGGAGAAGAGAAGGGCGGAAGAAGAGAGGCAGCAGCUAGAGAAAGAGAGGAAGGACAGAGAGGUUAAGGAGGCAGAGUUACGGGACAAGAAAGCCAGAGAGAGGGCAUCACAGAUAGAUGAACAAAGGAAGUACCAGCAGCAGCAGGAGGCAGAAAAUCGAGCCCAGCAGAAACAGCAAUGGGAGGAGGAGGAGGAGAGGAAACAGAAACCCUUUAAACGCGGAGAGUCGGUGGAAAAAGCCAACGAAGCCGCGGCUCUCGUCUCCCAGCGCUCUGUUAAUCCCAGAGAAAUGUUCAAACAGAGAGAGAUGGGCAUCAAGCCUGCUAGCACAGAAAAUACUCAGUCCAGUCCAAAACCAGGGCGGUUGAACAGCCCUUUUCUGUCCAAGCAGUCAUGUGACCCAGAGCCAUUUCGCUCUCCCGUGCGUCAGGCCUCACCUUUACGAGCCAGAGAGCCCAGUUUUGAGGAGCAACCCAGAUCUCAGUAUGUGGAACCAGAGCCAGAAAAUGAGCCAGAGUAUGAAGACGUACAACCAGUCAGGGAUAAUUAUGAAGUGCAUGUAGAACAAAAUCAGCCACAAUAUGAGACAGUAGCGGAGGAAGCAGUGGAACAAGACGCCAUCUAUGAGGAACCACCACAGGUGGAGGAGCAGAACACGUACGCAGCAGCAGACGAUCGCGGUAUCUGCGCCAGGGCUCUGUACGACUACCAAGCUGCUGAUGACACAGAGAUCUCGUUUGACCCGGAUGACAUCAUUACCGGUAUCGAGAUGAUUGAUGAAGGCUGGUGGCGAGGAUACGGUCCGGAUGGUCAUUUCGGCAUGUUCCCAGCAAAUUAUGUGGAACUUGUCUAACGCAGCUCAACAUCGCCCCCCCUCCCUCAUCAGAGUCGGACUGAAUUCAUUCGCCCUGUGUAGAUUUAAAUUUCUGGUAUAUUUGAUUGAAAAGACUACAACUAAAAUCACGGACCAAAAGAGUGAUGAUCGUGUGAGCGGGGGUAUUUAAACUCUGAUAUUUCAUAUUGUAUUGGUAGUUUCUGUUGUUGAUUUUAAUUAAUUUCAAGUUAUAAUUUUAUAAAACAAUUAAGUUAGUAUGCAAGCAGACAGCCCAAAAGUAAGCGCCUAAAAUUGGUGCAGAAAUACUGGGAAGCUUCAUGGUUGAAUAAGCGCUGUGAUAUGCAGAUAUCCUUUUGAGACUGAAUUUUUUUUGUUAGUGUUUUUGAAGACAUUCCUUUUGAACAUUUCAAAGCUAGCCAUUAUAUUGUUCCAGAGCUGUUUGGUGCAGAUGUUUGUAGUAGUCGGUCCUGUUUUGCCUUGGUUUUUGCCUUCUUUUCUCCACAAGACCGAGUGUGACUGCCUUGCUUUCUUGAGGAACAGCGCAGAUGUUUUGCUGCAGUGAAGUUAGCUGAGGUCUGACGGUAAUGAGUUUAUUUGCUGUGUUCUAUACGGCACGUCUUUAAAAUCCAGAAAGCAGCUUCCGUCGUCAAAUAUUACGGUUACUUUUAGGCUUGUAGUGAGAACAGUGGGACGUUACUUUGAGACCGCAGCUUUUCCCGUCUGCUCAGAACUGUGGAGAAUAUUAAUACUGUGAUUUUUAGGUUUCAGGGAGCCAUCGUUCUUUCAUCAUCUUGCCUUCGGGUCACAGGUGGGAUCUGAAUUGCGUUUGGAUGCCGAGGCUCAAAGAGAAAGGUCACGUCAGGUUUAUUUCAACCCUUGCAUUUUUAUCGUUCACACUCUUUAAUGUCAGUGCUGUGCCAAUAUGAGAGCGAGUGGAGAAGUGUUUUUGAGGAAAUGUUUGAGGUUUCAUUUUCAACAAACCCGUGUGGAAAAACAUCAAACAUCUCCAAGUCAUUCAGCAGUGGUGUAGUUCCUUUCAAGAGCUCAUUGUGAAUAAUAACAAGUCUGGACAACGUUGUAACUUCAAUUAAAAGAAUAAAUAAAGAUUUUAAGGCUGA